UAAACAGUUAAGUAUAUUUGAAAGCGACCUUUACACACAUAGUUGGUGUGAAUCGCAAAAAUGAGACACCACAACAGUCAAAUUGUGCCUUUUGUGAAACAACAUCAUGUUCACCGGAACCACAUUACAAAUAAUCUCGGCACUUAUAGCCACACUGAGUGCAUUUGUUGAUGGUAUGCAUUUUGCGUGGACUGCACCAAUAGUUCCCGUCCUACGUAGACCCGAAAGUCCGAUAAAAAUAACCCCAAAUGACGUGACGCUCCUGGAAACCAUCUACCUCUCCGGAGGAGUUGUGGGUCUGCCCAUAACAAUUUUCCUAGUCAAUAAAAUCGGACGAAAAAAGUCGAUUUUAACAGCCUCGGCUAUCAACCUAAUCGCUUGGAUAAUUAUAGGAACCGCCGACCAGGUGCAGUAUUUAUACUUAGCACGGUUUUUGGGCGGAUUAGAAGCGAACGUCAACUACGUCUCAACUCCGAUGUACUUAGCCGAAAUCGCCGAAGAAAAAUUCAGGGGGGUUCUGUCGGGGAGUUUAUACGUGAUGGUGACUUUCGGCAUGCUCACCAUCUACUCAGUGGCCCCCUUCCUGCCCUUCUAUGUCCCGUCGGUGGUAGCCGGAGUGCUGCUGGUGACCCAGCUGGUCACAUUUGGGAUUUUGCCGGAAUCGCCCUACUACCUGAUGAAGCAGGGACAGGAGGAAAAGGCCAAGGCGGCUCUGCUGAAGCUGCGAGGAAACCUCGACAAGCUCGAAACCAUAUCUUCAGCCGUUCGACAACAACAAAGAGAGAGGGGACGCCUCCGUGAGCUUUUCUCGGUGUCAAACAACCGGAGAGCUUUCACAAUUGUGUUGUAUCUGACGGCAGCGCAACAUUUCUCCGGGAUAACCCCGAUUUUGAUGAACUUGCAUACAAUCCUGGUUGAUACGGACUCAACUUUUUUCAAUUAUAACAUGACUGCCAUUUUGUUCGUCGCUGUGAUGCUAAUUACUUCGAUUGUAACUUCGUUUUUCCUUGACAAACUCGGGAGGAAAUUUCUUUUAAUUAUCUCGAGUAUAGUUUGUGGUUCGUGUUUGCUAAUUAUGGCCGUUUAUUUUCAUUUAAAAACACUGGGAAAGGUCGAUUCGAGUGCAUUUGGUUGGAUUCCUCUGGUUGCAGUAAUGACAUAUGCUGCAGGAUUUCGCAGUGGGAUCGGUUUAGUGCCGAUAGUUCUAGCCUCGGAACUAUUUUCAAUGAAUGUUAAAGCCCUCGGAAUGUCUUUGAGUGACGGAAUGUACGUUACUUUCGGAUUUAUUUGUAUAGAAAUUUAUCAGAGUAUUGUUCAUUAUUGCGGGUAUUAUGUUCCUUUUUAUAUUUUUACAAUAGUCGCAUUUGUGACAGCAGUUUUUGCUUUCUUUGUCAUUCCAGAAACUAAAGGUAAAUCGUUAGAAGAAAUACAGACACUGUUGAAAAAACGAAAACCCACACACACGAACGACAAAUACGAAAACUGUGAUCUUGUGAUUGCUUAGAUGUGUAUUUUAUUUAUUUUUGUUACAAGCUAUGACAAGAAUAUUGAUUUGUAUGCGCUUACUGUUAUUUAAUUCAAAAUAAAUAAAUUUUAGUACAAACUAAUACAUAA